AACUGACCCCGCCUACCUGUUCCCAGGGCGACGUCAACAUCGCCGCAGCCGGGUGGCCCAGCCGAGCUCAGGGCUAGGGGACCCCGCACAACCGUGGCAUGGGGGGCCGCCCCGCUCCUGGACUCCCGAGCACCACACCUGCCAGACCGCCUGUCUCGGUUUUCCGGACGCCACGGACGUCCCCAGGCGUGCAGGAGGACGCACUGUGGAGAGAGCUGGUGGAGGCGGAGCGGCGGGGUCAGCGGCGCUGGACUGAGAGCUGGGGUUUCCUGAAAGACUAUGACCCCAUGGGCAACAAGAAGGAGCAGGAGCAGCUGCCGGAGCAUGUGCCUCUCUUUUCGGACACGGUGCCCCACUCCAGCAGCCAGGUGGUGGGCAGCAGGCUGGCCACGCCGCUUGGUAGGGGCCUGGUCCACAUGGACUUCGCAUUCGUGGCAGGGACACGCAGGAACAGGCCAGGAGCCGGGCUGCAGCCGGCCUAGGACAGGGCAUCUCCUGGGCAGGACUCAGCUCUGCCCUUCGUGUCCCCACUGGAGCCAGGGGAUCCCGACUGAGGACCUGCCUAGGAUCUGGGUGCCAUCCUCUUACCCCUCUGGGUCAAAGGGGGCCAGGUGAUGCCGCUAAUCCUAGUCCUCCAGGAGGCUGAGGCAGAAGGAUCAAAAGUUCUAGGUCGGCCUUGAAUUUAGUAAGACCCUGUGUCAAAAUU